AUGUGCAGUAUUUGUAAGGGAAAUUAUUUUCACGAGAGUUGUGCAGAAAAAUCUGGAGCAAUGAAAGGAAAUACAAUCAAAUGUGGUCAAUGUGCAAAAAGUGAGGUUAAGUCGGAUGAAGUCGAUUUUUCUUCAAACAAAUCAAAGGAAAUCUCAGAGUUUCAAAAGUUAUUUCAGAAAAUGGAAGAAUCUAUGGAAUUCCUGAGCAGCAAAUUUGAUACUCUUACAGUGGAAAAUCAAAAUGCAUUACGGGAAUUGCGAGAUAUGAAAAGAGAAAAUAUCCAAUUAAAAACCAAAGUUAGCCAGCUGGAAAAAAGAAUCUGUGAACUAGAAAUCAAAGAAUUUUCCUGUAACCUAGAGAUUCACGGAACUCAAAUCAAAAAUGAAGAUCCCAAAGAAGUUCUAAUGGAAAUUGCUAAUGAUCUUUUAUCAUGUAAUUUUAAUAGUCAAGAUGUGUCAGACUGCUUCAAACAAGAAACCAAAAAUGGAGCAAUAAUUGUUGCAAAGAUGAGAUCACGUGAUAUAAAAACUAAGUUUAUCAAAGCACGAAAAAAUCGUAAAAUGGAAUCUAAUAUGCUGAGUUGCAACAAAAACAAAGAGAAUACCUCAAAGAUCUAUAUAAACGAGCAGCUCACCUUUACAAACAGAAACUUGUUUAACAUUGCAUACAAAUUAAAAAAGGAAAGGAAAUACAAAUACUGUUGGACAAAAAAUGGUAGGGUAUAUGUAAAAAAAUCUGAUGAUUCUGAGCCAAUUUACAUUCACAAUGAGGAUAUUAUCAAAACUCUUUAA